UGCAUUAUUGGUGAAGUUGAGUUUCAUAGGUUCAGAUGGUUCGGACAUGAUAGCAACAAGGGUUGAAGAACCCCACAAGGUGCUAAACGACCAAAUAAACUUGUCCUCAUGUAGUAUGUACCACAGCUUCCAACAUCAAGGAUUUACUGAAGAAACAAAAACGUCCCAAAUAGAAAAGUCAAAUAUUUACUCAUUUCUGUUCUUCCUUUCCUUUUCUCACCACGUUGCUUGCUUCGUAUGGGGAUUUCUGUAAAGUCGCUGUGACUUGAUGCAAUCUGCUGGGUUUCCUUAUAUGGGAAACUCAACUAACUGGUAUAAUGAACUGAAUUCAAUGAACUAGGUAGAUAGAAUUGGGAUGUUUGCUUUGUGAAGGGCCUGAAGAUGACUCUUGUUGUGAUUUCUAAAUAAACUGAGCUGGACUGAAUCUAAAUCUAACCUCUUCGCUAACAGGCAGGGGCGCCUCCAGAAAAUUUUGAUAGGGGUGGCCAAAUGGAGCCAAAGAAACUUUUGGGGUGGCACACCAAAUUGGUCCUUGUGGUAACGCUGGGAGAAUUUAGUCUAUGGCGAUGUACUGCAUUGCGCCGAUUUUAUUCGUUUUUAUUAAAAUAACAGUAACUUAAAUGUUACAAACACAAACAUUUUAGAAAAAUACAUUUCAGUUAUUUAAAAUGUUAUCCAUAAUUUAAUUUAAAAUUUUUAGGUUAAUUCACCUGUUGCUGUGGUAAAAAACCAAUGGAGAUAAAAACUUUUUUUAAAUGGUGAGCAGCAGAAACAUGUAUUUUUUAAAAUUCUGAUCAUUUCUUUACUCAUUAAUUGUAAUUUUAUUUUGUUUUACAUUUAUGUUUUGAAUAAACAAGAUCAAUAUAUGGUUUGACUGAACAUUAAUAUGAUUUGUUAACACUGGCUUGUCCUUGGGGGGAGGGGCAGCAAUUUUCUAGGGGUGGCCAUGGCCACCCCUGGCCACCCCUCGGGGGCACCCUGGCUAACAGGAAGUCUUAUGAAACAUGCUGGUAAAUUAAAAUGUUUUGAAAAUGAUUUUGGACUCAUCAGCUUUUAUUGCACAUAAUUGCUUUAAAGAGAAGAAAUAGCUGGGACCUGUUUGUGUUUGUGCUAACACGUAAAUCUUUCUCUUACUGUCUGUGCCUUUAAGACCUCCUCCUGGCGGCACUAAUCACCCUGCAUACCACCCAGCAUCGGCGGCUGAGCUGGAAAUCCCCUUUUGUGCAGUUAAAACGCUCCUGUCUGCACAGUGGUUAGCGCCACAGCGAUGUAGUAUCAGAGGACAGGAAGGACGCAGAGAGCUGCAUGCUAGGUAAAUGGGAAACCUCGUGGGCAGCUGGCGUUCCAAGGAGCCGAGCACCGUGGAGGAAUGUGACUCGACGUGGGGAUCGGACUCCGAGAGUGACGGACCUGCGGCUGAAGAUGACAGCGGGAUCUCCGAGUCCGUCAGCCCGGUGGAGAGCGAGCGGGCCACCGGACAAAGCCGAGACACUUCCCCGCAGCCUACUGACUCUCCAGAGCCUACUCCCAAGAUGAAGAGGAGUUUCUAUGCUGCCCGGGAUCUCUACAAAUAUCGUCACAGCUACCCGAACUACAGGAAGUCCCGGCAGCCCAACGAGUACCGUAAUCUGCGCUUCUACAUGAACAAAAUCCCUCUGGUUCCUGAUGGCAUCUACAUAGAGGAGAUCCUUACCAAAUGGAAAGGAGACUAUGACAAGCUGGAGCACAAUCACACCUACAUUCAGUGGCUGUUCCCACUCAGAGAACAAGGGCUCAACUUCUACGCACAUGAGCUGACUCAGGAUGAGAUCAAAGAAUUCCAAAGCACUCGGGAAGCAAAGCGGAGGUUUGUGGCGGCCUAUUCCUUGAUGCUGGAUUUUUAUGGAAUCAAACUUCUGGAUAAAAGUGGAAAAGUUUCCCGGGCUUCCAACUGGCAAGGACGCUUCCAGCACCUUAAUGAAUCCCACCACAACUACCUGCGGAUCACUCGGAUCCUGAAGUCCUUGGGUGAACUUGGAUUUGAGGCCUUCAAAGCUCCACUGGUCCAACUCUUUCUGGAGGAGUCGUUGUGUAACAGUACCCUUCCCAACAUGCAGCACAGUGUCCUAGAGUACUUUGUCUACACCAUCCGCCUGCCGGCCACACGCCGACGCCUGCUCCGCUUUGCCCGCCAGCACUACAAACCCCCCCACGCCUUUCUAUGGGGUCCGCCAUCCAAAAAACCAUCUGGUAGCAGUGGGGUGGGGUUGAGCAGUGGGAUCAGGGCUCCUGCUCCGACACCAGAACAACGGAGGAGGGAGGAAGAAAGCACCACAUCAGUAUGUAGCAGGAUCAAAGUGUCUUCCCAUGAUACCAUUAUGUGCCAGGACCUGGCUGGAGCAGGGCCACACGGCUGCCCAGAACUUCAGUCCAACAUGUCCGGACAAGAGUGGGACAAGAGAGAGGGAUGAAAACGACAAGGCCAUUCCUUUGUAGGGAAUGUUCUGAAAUCUACCAAUCAGUAGAGAAAUGAAAUGAAUUCACAAUCUUAGGAACACAGGAGGGAAAACUUUAGAGAGUUAAGCCUGGUUCAUGUUUCUCCAUCAGCUGAGCGAAGGAGAGAUGCAACGCCACGACGUGCAAGCGCUGUGUAGCAGGCCCGCCAAUGGGUGGCGGAGACAUGCCGAUUUGUUCAACUGUUCAUUGCAAGCUACGGAGAGAGCAAGCCUGUGAUUGGUCAGCACACCUCGUACUGUGAAUUUGUCAACAGUCCCACCAUCCCCCCUUCAAAAAAAAUAAAAAGAGUACAGAAGAUUAUCAGCGGCAGACAGAGCAGGUUGAAGAACAUCUAGUGGAGGAAGUCCGACGAUAGAAACGUUUUUACACCUGUAGGUGAAGGAGUACAAAGAUAAACAGAAAAGGUUUUAUUUGAGGGAGGAAGACGUAGGUUUGGAAGGGGUGACUGUGUAAAAAGGUAGGAGAAUGAGGGGCAAAUGUGUUCACGUUAAAACGUCUCUGAUGUAAAAAACACACAAUAGUAAAUAAACUACCGUGGAUAAGAAACGUGACUUCUAAGGCGGUGGGGGCCCCUAGAAUAGGGCUACGCCUCCUGUUGUCCUGGCGGGGACCAACCCCAGGUAACAGAAGUCUGAAAAGGCUGUGUGUGUGUGUGUGUUUGCGUACAUGCGUGUGUGUGAGUGAGACUCCACAUCCAAGCUGAUGGAGAUGUGUAAACCAGGCUUAGAAACUCAAGAGUUAGUUUAGAUGAAGGACUGGGGUUGGGGGUUGGGGUGAAGGAGGACAUAGAAGAACAAUUAAUGAGCAAUAUUUGUGUUUGUUUUUAUCUGAAUAUUUUUGUGUUUCUGUUUUCAAAAGGCACAGCUACAGGAGUGUUUUCUCUGAAGGUUUAAUUUAAGGCUUUUGUCCAAUAAUUGUAAACAAAUGCAGACAUUUAAAAGUAGAGUGGGUUUCAGGGACCUUUAAUACUUUAGACUGAUCGAAAAGCUAAAUCAGGUCAUUCAAAAUAUGCUUCAAUGAGCCUUUUAAUGUAAGAGAACAAUGUGUACAAUGAAAUGUAAACCUUUAAUAAACAUUUCUGUCUCUUUUGUUUACAACAAA